UGCUCGCUCCCCGUCUGAGGCCGGAAGGGGCGGGACCGGCAGUUCUUUUUCCGGUGCGCGAGGAGGAAGGUCUCAUUGAAGAAGGACAUUGCGGCAGCGAGAGAGGCCCACAGAAAACUCAACAUGUCAUCAACUCUGCUAGCUAAACCUCAAAUGAGAGGCCUUCUGGGUAAACGCCUCCGAUUUCACAUCUUCGGCGCCUUUGCUGUCUCUCUAGGAGUUGUAGCUUUGUACAAGUUUGGUGUUGCAGAGCCAAGGAAGAGAGCAUAUGCAGAUUAUUACAAGAACUUUGAUGCCACAAAGGAAUACGAAGCUAUGAAGCAAGCUGGUGUUUUUCAUUGUGUUCGACCAAGAGAAUAAUACAAUAUAAAAGUGUGUUUGGACCCUUGGAAGCAGGCUUCAGUGCUGGCCAUACUUGAUGUAAAACAAUAAAUAAAAUAUGACCACUCUCCA